GCGGAAAGAAAAUGUCCCAUGCAACAAUACAUAUUGACCCAUAAGGGUGUGACAAGGUUAUUGAUCACUAUAAAACCAAUUAGAACUUGCAAUUGCAAAUGCAUUACUUCAGUUGCAAUCUCUAGUGUACCGUCUUAUCGCAAUGAAAACCCUCUGCGUAGUCGUCUUCGUAGGCAUCGUUGCCGCAGCUCACGCCAGCCUGAUCGGCCUGGGGCAUGGGGGUGUAGACAGUGCGGCCAUCCUGGCAGGUCCUUCGGGAACUGUCUCCAGGACCGGGCACGGGAUCAUCGCCGGGCCGGCCGCUAUCGGCGUGGGCCACGUCGGCGUUGGUGUAGUCGCUGCAGCCCCCUUGCUGGUGCCCCACCAUGCCGCCCAACUGGGCCUGGAGCUGUCGGUUCCCGCAGGAUCUGGACUCGAAGGACAAUGGAUUCCGGACGUCAACGAGAAAUUGCACGACGAUGGCUCCUACAAACCCCACGUUUAUGGGUGGUAGGGUGGAACCACCAGUACCUUUCAUUGUGUAUUUUGUGCUAUAAAUUUUCGAAAUAAAUAUUUUUGUACGA